UCGCUCGCUCUCAUCAUUUUGUUUCCUUUUUAUCCUUUACAUGACAUCCUGGGGGUACGUUUGAGGGGUUUCCUGAUUAUAGUAAUGCUGCAUAGGUGGCGUGCCUGAAUGAAAUAACGAUGCUUUGUGGUUCUUGAACUUGUUCUUCUUCGUCUUCCUCAUCAUGGUGACUUGCUCCCCUGCUCUGUCUCGGGUACUUCCCAGUGAGGUUUGUGCGAAACGUGCCAUUGGAAAAGUUAACCGGAAUGGCGGAUUUCUUCAAUGGGAAAACGUGUUAGUCGAGAGAGAGCACCCGAACAGGGAGGGUGCCUGGCGGCUGGGCGCUUGCUGUCGGAGGCUGAACCUUCUUCCAAACUCUAAUGACCACAAUCCACGUGCCGACAGAACGGCACAUUUCAAUCACUUACACAGCUGGUUCCCCACAGUCUAUGCCCGUUUAGAUGUCAUCCGUUCAGGCACUGCUGUUCUAAAGGUAUUCAGGCUGAUCACCCGAAGAAAGCACGCACGGUUGGGGGUUGUUCUUGAGCAUGUCCUUCACAUGAGCCAUCAAAACGCGUCCGCAACUCUUUUUUUCUUUUCUUUUCUUCAAAUGAGGGGAGGGGCGUGUCCUUUGAUGGCAAGCUAACCAACUGCACUUCGCCUGGGCACCGGGAACUGCGUCAUAGUCGAAGUGGCCUAGGGAGCACUACAGCACCCUCCCAAACUCUGAUUCCUGUUAUCCUGGCCGGCCGUUCCAGACCCGAUCCC